GGACAACAGAAGUAACUACACUGUAAUUUACAAUCCAGCUACUUCCGGUAUCGCUGUGUUGGGUGGGACAGCGGAAGCGGCAUUUUUCAGUGCUGUGACAACAGAUUUCCUUCUAAAACAGACAACAUAUUAAAAAAUGCCGGCUUAUCAUUCCAGUCUGUUGGACUCCGAUGCCAAAUUGGUGGGAAAUAUGGCACUGUUGCCCCUCAGGACACAGUUUAAAGGCCCUGCUCCAAAAGAAACUAAAGACACAGACAUCAUCGAUGAGGCCAUUUACUACUUUAAAGCUAACGUGUUCUUCAAGAAUUAUGAAAUUAAGAACGAGGCAGACCGGACGUUGAUCUACGUCACUCUGUACAUCUCUGAAUGCCUCAAGAAGCUGCAGAAGUGUAGCUCAAAAAACCAAGGAGAGAAGGAGAUGUACACACUGGGAAUCACCAACUUCCCCAUCCCAGGAGAGCCGGGAUUCCCUCUCAACGCCAUGUACCUUAAGCCUACCACCAAACAGGAAGAAGAGAAUAUGAGGGCUUACCUGCAGCAGAUUCGUCAGGAAACAGGCGUGAGACUGUGUGACAAAGUGUUCGACCCACAGACAGACAAGCCAAGCAAGUGGUGGAUGUGCUUCGUAAAGAGACAGUUCAUGAACAAGAGUCUGUCUGCUCCUGGUCAGUAAGAGGCAUCCAUGUGGAACGUGGGUCAAGAUGAUAUUACAGUUUUGGUUGUUUUCCCUUUUUUUGUGGUUUAUUUCCAUUGGAUACCAGAUUUAAGAUUAAUUUUAUAUUGCCCAUUUGAUUUCCUGCCAUCAUAUGUACAACACAAGGCAAUCAAAUAAAAGCUGAAAAAUAAAAACGGUUUAUUCUGUA